AUGGCGUCUUCAACCUCAUCUCACAGAAUAGACCUGAGUUCGGCGCCACCGAUCUUCGUCCUUCAGAGUCAUUUACAGCCCGAUGAAUUUCAUGACACAGAGGAUUUGAUCUAUCAAUCAGGAGGCCACAUAACUUAUGAUGCGAAGGAGGCGAGAUUGUUCAUAGGUCGGGUCGCACGGAAAACGCGCGCUGCCUUCGACCUGCGGGCUCAAGGGGUUUGGACAGAGGAUUCAGCCUUGCCAGAGGAAGGCCGAAACGGUGGCGGCAACAGCAAUACACCAGACGAAGGCCCACCGAAGAAGAAAGCGCGACUCUCGGGCCAUCAUGGCGCAGGACCUUCCACGAGACACAGGCGGGAUAGCUCAAGCACCGUGUCGGCCUCCCCAGAACUGGCUCCGCAAGGUGCAGCCCGUUCAUCAUCCGAAGUCUUCUGGCCAGAUCUGUCCAAUCAUAUCCUUGUCGUCAAACUCGCUUGGCUCGAUGCAUGUUCGAAGGACGGCAGGCUGCUCCCGUACAAGCCUUAUGUCGUCUACACUGCCAGAAUCGUCCCCAAGCCGGAUGGGGAGACCACGCCGAAAACAUCCCCGACGCAUACAACGUAUGCCAAAGUCGACUCAACUACAGCAUCUCAAGCAUCAUCUCUCCGUCGCACAUCUAGACCCGACCCGUCUUCCAUCCUCGAACGUGCCAGAGCGGAAGCCGCAACUCUUCCCGCCCGGCGCCGUCGCUGGGGCGACCAUGCUCACCACUCACCCACGCCCUCGUCGCAACAUCAUAAAGCCCCUAAACUCCACCGCACGACCACCUCCGAGAUGGAAUAUAUCGCCGCACAUCCAUUACCACCGCUCCCAGACUGGGCGACUGGUCCCUACGCCCACUACUCAUGCUGCCGAUCUACAUUCCUGACGACCCCCAACUCUGCCUUCAUCUCCCAGCUUACCAAGAUCAAAGAUGCCCGUCAGUUGAGGCUCGACGAUAUCGGCGUCCGUGCAUACAGCACGUCCAUCGCCUCCAUUUCGGCCUACCCGCAUCGCAUCGAACACGCCGAAGAAAUCGUCCGCCUUCCGGGCUGUGAGCAGAAGAUCGCCUCCCUCUGGCGCGAAUGGCAGGACUCGGCAGCCACGGACACAGAGCGCUACAUCCAGGAAGUCCAAGAGCUCGACGCCGAGCCAGACCUCAAAGUAUUGCGGCUCUUCUGGAACAUCUGGGGCGUGGGCGCCGAGACCGCGCGGCGGUUCUAUUACGACCACGGGUGGAGAGAACUAGACGACAUCGUCGAGUUUGGAUGGCAGCAAUUGACCCGCGUCCAGCAAAUCGGGCUUAAAUACUGGGACGAUUUCCAGGACAAGAUCCCACGGGCCGAGGUAAAAGCCAUCAGCGACGUAAUUCUUCAGCAUGCCCGGCUCGUGCUCGAUAUUCGCGAGGAUAAAUUUGGCACGAAAGAUGAUAUCGAGUGCGUUGUAGUCGGGGGUUAUCGCCGCGGCAAGGCGCUCUGUGGCGAUGUCGACGUAGUGGUCACCCACCGCGACGAGUCCAAGACGAAGGACCUGGUCGGAGAGGUGGUCUGCUCACUCGAGGACGCAGGCUAUAUCACGCAUACGUUGACAUUGCACACAACGACGAGCGACCGCGGACAGGCGACGUUACCGUAUCGUGCUCAACCCCACAGAGGUCACGGGUUCGACAGCCUCGACAAAGCGCUCUGUGUGUGGCAGGAUCCGCUAUUCGAGGAAGACGGCGCUGGAGACGACGCUGGAGCCGGAGCCAAAGGUGAAAAUGAAAGUCACGAAAACGCACCACCACCGCGAGGCAAAAAGAAGAACCCGAACAUUCACCGGCGCGUCGACAUCAUCAUCUCCCCCUGGCGCACGGUCGGCUGCGCCGUCCUCGGCUGGAGUGGCGGCACAACCUUCCAGCGUGAUAUCCGCCGGUUCGUGUCCAAGGUCCAUGGCUUGAAGUUUGAUUCCUCGGGCGUGCGCAAUCGUGGGAACGGGCGGGUGUUGGAUCUCGAAGGGCCGAGACCGAGGCUGAGGCUGAACCACGGAUCGGGGCUUAACGACACAGACAAAGCCAAUCAGAAAGAGAUCGAGAGAGAGAAAGAGGUGAUCGACUUGUUGUUGCAGGGCACGGCGAUCGAGAAGGAUGACGAGCGGUGGAAGGGCAUGGGGUGGGAUGACGAGGAUACGUGGUGGGACAGGGAAAGGAGGCUAAUGGAAGGAUUGGGCUUUGGAUACAGGCCUGCAGAAGAGAGAUGUACAGGAUGA